AUGAGUCUGUGGGCUAACGGCUCCUCCGCGGAUCUGCACGCCGGGACUGAGGCGCCGCCACCGGGCGUCAACUUCUCCUCCGACCGCUCCGCCGCCGCCCCGCUGGACCUGCGCCGGGCGGUGCCAGUAGGCACCGUCCUCGCCUUCUUCAUCAUGUUCGCCAUCGUCGGCAACAUCCUGGUCAUCCUGUCGGUGGUUUGUAACCGACACCUGCGGAUCCCGACCAACUACUUCAUCAUCAACCUGGCCAUCGCGGACCUGCUGCUGGGCACCACCGUGCUGCCGGUGUCCGCCACGCUGGAGGUUCUGGAUUACUGGGUGUUUGGUCGGAUCUUCUGUGACAUCUGGGCAGCGGUGGACGUCCUGUGCUGCACGGCGUCCAUCAUGUCUCUGUGCGUCAUCUCCAUCGACCGAUACAUUGGCGUCCGCUACCCGCUGCAGUACCCGACAAUCGUCACCGAGAAGCGGGCGCUUUUCGCCAUGCUGGGCAUCUGGAUCCUCUCCAUUAUCAUCUCCAUCGGCCCGCUGUUUGGCUGGAAGCAGCUGCCAUCACAGGACGACACAGUGUGCCUCAUCACCGAGGAGCCGUUCUACGCUCUCUUCUCGUCGCUCGGUUCCUUCUACAUCCCUCUGGCUGUCAUCCUCCUCAUGUACUUCCGCGUCUACGUCGUAGCCAAACGCACCACCAAGAACCUGGAGGCCGGUGUGAUGAAGGAGCGUCAGGAGGACUCCAAGGAGCUCACGCUGAGGAUCCACUGCAGGAACCAGCAGAACCACGAUCUGGGCCCCGCGCCGCCGGCCGGACGCAGCGCGCUCACCGUCAAACUGCUCAAGUUCUCCCGAGAGAAGAAGGCCGCCAAGACGCUGGGCGUGGUGGUGGGCAUGUUCAUCCUCUGCUGGCUGCCCUUCUUCCUGGCUCUGCCCAUCGUCUCCUUCAACAGCAGUCUUCGUCCUUCUGAAACUUUCUUUAAAGUUAUUUUCUGGUUGGGAUACUUCAACAGCUGCUUGAACCCCAUCAUCUACCCCUGCUACAGCCGAGAGUUCAAACAGGCGUUUAUCCGGAUCCUUCGCUGCCGGUGGAAGAGGAAGCAUCAGGGCUGGAAGGCGUACUAUAACUACCGCAGCCAGCGGGGCUCCAACACCUCGUCCUUCCUGAGCGGCAGCCAGCAGACGCUCUCCUCCGUCAGCCCCAGCCUCCGCUGCGUCGCCUCCCGACUCGGCCCCCCCGCCGACCUUCUCCCUGGGCGAACGGGACGGGGGAGGCCGAGCCCGUUGUCCCCGCUCGCCGAGGAUGCCGGGACGUUGCGAGGGCCGGGGACGAAGGGUCGGGUAAACAAACGCUAACUGUUGCCCCCCCCCCCCCUGCUGCUGACAUCACGAGACGCUCUGUGAUGACGCAGGUGUGACGACUGCACCUGUCCAGCCUGAAACAAGGAGGAGCUCCUCACCUGUGGAGAAUCCUAAAACUAAAAUAUUAUUCUUUCUUUUGUUUUUAUUUAUUGACAAUUUCGUAUAAAAAUUGUAUUUUGGUUUAAAAUCGUCAAACUGCAGUUGCUUCUUGGCGAGAAGACAGAAUAUUUAUUUUUGAAGAUCCUGUCUCAGACUGACACGCAAAGAAGCCCAUGAGAACCUGCUGAGAGCUGAACAUGUUGUGUUUAUAGAGAGAAGUUCUCAUUCACUUCAAUACAGAUGUUAUCACAGCAGCAUCUGGAGGAUGUUAGAGAACAGCUGCUGGUUGUUUUAUUAUACUUCACAUAACUCCUGCCGUGUGUGUGUGUGUGUGUGUGUGCGCGCGCUUCAUUAGAACACUGUUAUUAUUGUUCUGUGUUGACUGAACCCAGCUGACUGCAGGAUGGAUUGUCAGGUUUGCAGUCUUUGUGCUAAGCUAGGCUAACCACAUCCUGGACCUGCCUCUGUCCUGGAGAUGAAUCUCAUCUGAAACAUUUGGAAGCACAUUUCCGCCAGUUAUCUCAUAAGGAAGACUUAUACAUAUAUAUAUAUAUAUAUACACAUUGGUGGAAAAGGUCUUCCGUCCGAACAUCUGGAGACAGACAAGAAGGAUUCACUAAAUGUCAGCGUGUAUAAAACAAGU